AUCGAUUUUCAUAUAUGUUUUCCUCACAAAUACCAAACGUCAAAACUCAAUGUCGUCGAAUGGCAAAAUAAGCAAAAUAAACCUAAAAGACAGUUGUGCCGGGUGCUGAAAUUUAAAUUUAUUUGAAUUGUUCUUCGGUGUGAAUAGAAAAUAAGUGAGAAAAUAAAUUAGCCAAAUGGAUUCCGCCUUAUUGUCGGUAUUGGCAGUGUAUGAAGAAAUCGGAAUACUUCGUUAUAAUCGACGGAAUCUGCGCACAUCCGGUAAUUUAAUGGAGCUUUCAGACGAUGCGUAAGUUAAAUUUAUUUGUCUCUGAAUUUCUUAGAUUUUUUAUUAUCGAUUUUCCUCUACUAUGCAGAUUCAUUAAAAGCUUUCGUUUGAAAGAGGCAUUCCGAUACGUUUUGGGGGAAAUUGAACACGAUUUUUCCAACACAAAGAAAAGUGGCAUUCAUGUUAAGGAAAAGCUGGCGGCGUGUUUGAGAUUUUUCGCUGAGGGAAACUACCAGCUUGGAGCGGGAAAAGAUUUCCAUAUUGCGAUGGCACAGUCCACUUUUUCUAAGGUGUUAUCUGAAAUGCUGAACAUACUGGAGCGAAGAUUAUGUUCUAAGUGGAUAUCAUUGGAAAUGUCGGAAAAUGAACAGCGACGUGCCAAGCUUUAUUUCUAUGAGAAAUCUGGAAUUCCAGGAAUAAUCAUGUGUGUUGAUGGAACACAUAUAAAAAUAAUCCCCCCUAAUCAGAAUCGAAAUUUAUUUUAUAAUCGAAAGGGGUUCUACAGUCUGAACGUUCUCAUUGUUUGUGACGAUCAGCAGAGGAUCCGUUUCGUUGAUCCUAGCUUUCACGGAUCUAAUCACGAUGCCCAUAUAUGGCGAAUAAGCCCUGUACGAACGUAUUUCGAGCAGAUGCAUCGAAACGGCGGAACACAAACUAAAAUACUGGGUGAUGCAGGCUACCCAUCGGAAUCAUGGCUGGUAACGCCAUUCAGAGCUCCGGAAGAAGGCAGUUUGGAAAGCGAUUUCAACCAGAGGCAUGCUUUAGGUCGAGGCAUAGUCGAACGAACAAUCGGUGUUCUUAAAAAUCGUUUUAGAUGUUUACUUGGAGCGCGACAACUGCAUUAUACUCCUACAAAAUGUGCUCAAAUUGUGAAUGUGUGCUGUGCACUUCAUAAUAUAUGUUUGGAAUACGGAUGCUCUCAGUAG